CCGGGCGUCAGGUUACCGUACAACUGUUAAGCUCGAGGAGAGACUCAAACCCGAGGACGUCGGGCUCCACGCAGUGAACGAGAGAGACAGAGGAAGAGAGCAAUCCUGACCCUUGGUAGACUAGACCUCUUCUAACUGUGCGUCCUUCGUCUACUAGCCCACUGCACAAUAAAUAACUCUAGACUCAAGGACAAAGAGCACAUAGCUACUGACCGGUCUACUGCUGCAUGGAGGCAUCCGGGCAGUGCGUGCAGGAAUACAGCUCCAGCUCAAUCGGACCUCUCAAAUGUUCUAGGACGAAUAGAGAAGAGGAGAGGGGGAGCGCAGCGGAUGAAAGGAGAGGAAAUAUUUACUACAUUAACUCACCGCAGUUUCUCCGCUCUAGGGAAGAGAGGAGAAUGGAGGAAUGAGGAGAAGAGACGGUUAAAGUGUGUUAUGUCGGGGGUGUUGCUGAUGGAGUUCUAAAUUAUGAUACGUGUUGUCAUCUAUUCUAUGAAAUACAGCGACGGGUAGAGAGAGAGAGAGAGAGCUUUGCUGGGUGAUAACAUUCAUCUGACAAAGACAUCUGCCGUUAGGCUACCCUUCUGACCACAAUAAUAGCCCAGGCUGCAAAGAGACCUCGACAUAGGCUACCUGAUCUAACGAGGAACCGAGUCGGUUUGACAUUGGGGACAAAGACGAGAAGAAGGAACUUCCCCGGUUUCUCAGCUACAGGUCAACAACGGAUCACAUCGGCUUUCAUCCCUCCCUGAACCUCUCAAAACCGGAAUUAAGAACCAACGGCUGUUGACACGCGCGCUUUGCGGACGGUUCAACCAAAGACAGGUCUAAACGAGGAUCUGAAGACAUACCGGACAGACGGACAUGUAUCUAACAUCGACCUCACACGCACCCGACUAACAAACACACGAGCCACAGAAGAAAGCGAUAGAUAGCGGCUGUUCCCCUGCCACGCGCACGACCGGUCGGACUCUCUCCUCGGCUCGCUCCAUCUCCCGGUUGUGAGAAUGACAGGGCUCGCGUGCUUGAAGUGUUACCUCUGGAUCUUUAUCUUCGUAUUUAGGUCGACGUUACCUUCUGACGCCAAAUUACUGGAAACUAUCAUGUGGAGCACUCAGAAUGCCAAGUUCCUGUCAGGUAGAGGGGUGGUCAUCUACCCAGACAUCGGGGACAAGCUGGACAUUAUCUGCCCCAAGGCUGAGCCAGGACGAGACUAUGAGUUCUAUAAGCUGUACCUGGUCAGGAGGGAGCAGGCGGAGGGGUGCAGCACGGUCAUGGACCCCAACGUACUGGUCAACUGUAACAAGCCAGAGAAGGACAUCAAGUUCACCAUCAAGUUCCAGGAGUUUAGUCCCAACUAUAUGGGCCUGGAGUUUAAGAAGAAUAUGAAUUACUACAUCACAUCCACGUCCAAUGGUUCAGUCGAAGGCCUGGAGAACAGAGAGGGAGGAGUCUGUAAGACCAGGGCCAUGAAAGUUAUCAUGAAGGUCGGACAAGACCCCAACACUGUUCUACCAGACCCUGUAUUACCGGAGGAACCAGAGAGAGAGAAGGACAACAGAGGAGACUUCAGUCCUAGUCCCGAGGACAACCAGCUGCCUGGAGCAGGAGAGCCAGGCAACACGGACUCUAUAAACCAGGACAACAGGUCAGGAGGCUCCAGCAGCAGUGACGGCAUCCUGGGGUCAAAGGUCGCUGUGUUCUCAGCCAUCGGAGCCGGCUGCAUCAUCUUCCUCCUCCUCAUCCUCUUCCUCGUCAUCCUGCUCAUCAAGAUGAGGAAGAGAUCCCGGAAGCACUCUCACGCUCAGACCCACCCUUCUGCCCUGUCACUCAGCACGCUGUCCAAUCAGAACAAGCUGCCUGGCAGCGGGGGCACAGCCGGGACGGAACCCAGUGACAUCAUCAUCCCGCUGCGGACAGAGAAUAACUACUGCCCUCACUACGAGAAAGUGAGCGGUGACUACGGACACCCUGUUUAUAUCGUACAGGAGAUGCCUCCGCAGAGCCCAGCAAACAUUUAUUACAAAGUCUGAGAGAGGAGGAGAGGAGAGAACAUGUAUUAUAAAGUCUGAGAGAGGAGGAGAGGAGAGAAUUUAUUAUAACGUCUGAGAGAGGAGGAGAGGAGAGAACAUGUAUUAUAAAGUCUGAGAGAGGAGGAGAGGAGAGAACAUGUAUUAUAAAGUCUGAGAGAGGAGGAGAGGAGAGAAUUUAUUAUAACGUCUGAGAGAGGAGAAGAGGAGAGAACAUGUAUUAUAACGUCUGAGAGAGGAGGAGAGGAGAGAAUUUAUUAUAACGUCUGAGAGAGGAGGAGAGGAGAGAAUUUAUUAUAACGUCUGAGAGAGGAGAAGAGGAGAGAACAUGUAUUAUAACGUCUGAGAGAGGAGGAGAGGAGAGAAUUUAUUAUAACGUCUGAGAGAGGAGGAGAGGAGAGAACAUGUAUUAUAAAGUCUGAGAGAGGAGGAGAGGAGAGAACAUGUAUUAUAACGUCUGAGAGAGGAGGAGAGGAGAGAAUUUAUUAUAACGUCUGAGAGAGGAGGAGAGGAGAGAACAUGUAUUAUAAAGUCUGAGAGAGGAGGAGAGGAGAGAACAUGUAUUAUAACGUCUGAGAGAGGAGGAGAGGAGAGAAUUUAUUAUAACGUCUGAGAGAGGAGGAGAGGAGAGAACAUGUAUUAUAAAGUCUGAGAGAGGAGGAGAGGAGAGAACAUGUAUUAUAACGUCUGAGAGAGGAGGAGAGGAGAGAAUUUAUUAUAACGUCUGAGAGAGGAGGCACCUAAAUGUUCUCUAAUGGAGAAAAGCAUAUGAACAUCUACAGUGUGAGUUGAAGAGAGAAGGACAGGAGCGAUUGAUUACUCUACCAGUGGACUAACAUUUUAUUUUAACCUGGGGACUUGGCAUUUAACAAGCCCAUGUUUUUCUACCACCUACUGGCCUAAGGAGAAGACGCCUGACAGUGGACCGUGGACUGAUCCAGAAAAACUGGACUGACAGAAACUGUCCAAUACAUCUCGUCUUGUUGUUUGGCUCUGUAGUGUGAUGUUUUACCCUCUAACCUCCUGUCCUCUCCUCCUGUCCUCUAUCCUCCUGUCCUCUAUCCUCCUGUCCUCUAUCCCCCUGUCCUCUCCUC